UUAUUUAAAAAAAUCAACAAGAUAAUAAAAUCUACUGUAAUUUAAAUUUUGAAAAUGUCUAAAAAAUAUUACUCUUCUUUAUAAUUAUGAAAUUCUCCAAAACACGAUAAACAUAAUCCAGGUUCCUGAGGGCAUUUUUUACAAUAAAAAUGGACCAUUUUGCGAAGCUGAUGCUUUCGCCAACAUAAAGCGCAUCGACGUCUCAUGCUCCUGUUUCUGGUGUCCUUUGGACAUUCAGAGGGCAGAUGAAUGUUCUCUUGAAUUUGUGCGGAUAUGUCUGUUGUCAGUUUGUAUGUUUCGGUCAUUAACUUGAUACGGUAAAUUCAAAAGACGUUUUACAAUAUCAAUUCGAAAGCUAUACGUAGUCGGUCCCAAAGUUCUGUCAUAUAUGAAAAUAGUGAUAAAAUAAAAAGUACCAAUAAGUUUAUAAAAAUUUAUAUAUCAAUUUAAAGUAUAUUUAUUAAGAUAUGAAAAUAACUUAAAAUUAUUCGAAAUGACCUCCCUUGUUUUUAAUAACUUCCCUCAAACGCCGCGGCCAGUCAUCUAUCGCAGCACGCACCAUAUUCAUGUCUAUUUCAGCGACGGCUUUAAUUAUGGCUGACUUCAGGCUCGCCAAAUUUUUGUGGGGUUUUUAGCACAGACCUUGUUUUCUAAGACCUGCCAAAUUUUAUAAUCCAGAGGAUUAAGGUCCGGACUGGAGGAAGGCCAAUCUUCGUGUCUAAUAAAGUCAAUUUUUUGAUGGUCGAACCAGGCUUGAGUAGUUUUGGCUUUGUGUGCAGGCGCAGAAUCCUGCUGGAACACGAAAUGAUGUCCUGAAAAUAGCGUGUUGGGCAGAUCUUUGACAAGCCGAUUCAAAACCGUCUCUUGGUACACUUUUGCACUGGUUUUGACACCUUUUUCGCAGAAAUGAACCUCCGUUGGCCCAUAGUAAGAGACACCUAACCAGACCAUCACUGAAGAUGGAUGAUGCCCAUGUUGAACCCGCGGAACUUUUUUUCCUGCUUCUUCAGAGUUCUCUGCGUACACUCUAUCGUUUUGCUUAUUGUACUUUUCUUCUAUAUCAAAAAUUUUUUCGUCUGUAAAAAGUAUGUCACGGUGUCGGUUUCUCGCGUACCGUUUUAAUAACAACCGGGAUCUUUUGAGUCUAAUUGCUUUCAGGCGGGCAUUAAGUAAGUGUCCACUCUUUUUCUUGUAUGCUCGCAACUUAAGGUCUUCGUUUAAAACCUUUUUGACUGUUUUUGACCCCCAUCUGCAAAGCCAUCAGUUUCUGUUUUCGGACAGGAUUUCUUCGUAUGCGCGCCUUUAUCGCUUUGAUCACUGCUGGUGUUCUUGCAGAGCGAGGCCGGCCAGUUCUUUUCUUGUCCUCAACACUUGAGACUUCAUUAUACCUAUUUAUGGUACGAUACACAAACCUAAGUGUUAUUUUCAAAUUUUUGAGCAACUUGAAAAUGGUACUCGGCGAGUGUUCAAAGCGAUGCAACGCUAAAAUUGCGAUUCGGUUUUCUUUCAAGGUCCACUCCAUCGUAAUAAAUCACGGCAAAUGAUCAUUUUUUGCUUUAAAAUAAUUGUCAAUCAUUCAAAAAUGGAACGCCAUAAAAUUUUUCUAAAAGCAUGUUCGAAAUUUAAAAAUAAUGUGCCUGUGACAGAACUUUGGGACCGACUACGUAGAAAGUUGCGCAUGGGUUGUUUAUCUUAUACGUUUAAGACCAUUACUUGAAAAAUGUGAACAACAAUUUUCUUAUACCACGUCAUGGUCUUGGGGUGACAUGUAUAAUAUGAAAGGAGCUGAUCUUUGAAAUCCACUCCUUUCAUAUUCUUGUUGUAAUGUACAACCAUCUCUGGUUUCCUUACAACAUUACCCCGUCUAUUUGAUGUUUCAACUAAAGAUCCGCUAUAUUGCGUCGAAAUGGAUAAAACUGUUCGCUUAUCGUUAAAAUUUGCAACGCACACCCCGCGUCUAUUAAAUUUAUAAACACAGCCACCCCUAGCAACUAGUGCUUUAAUAUGAGGUGGAUUGCGUAAUCUCCUGGCUCUCAAAGUACCAGUACAGUACGUUUAACGAGCAAGGAGUUAUUCAGCAAGACCUACACUAUUAUAGAAGUUAUCCAUAUAUAGCGAAUACCCUUGAUCGAAAUAUUUUUCCAUCAAUGACUUUGUCUGUAUGGCCUCUACCACCCACUGCUGAAUCCGCAGCCCCAGUGUACAUUAUAAUUUUCUGGCAAGUGCCUUUUGAAUCAGCCAGCACAUACAAUUUGAUAUCGAACUUAUGCCGUUUGCCCUUGAAGUGCUGCUUCAUUGAAAGACGUCCUCGCCAUAAUACUAAGGUUUCAUCAAUGGUCAAAUUUCUCCCCGGAGUCACCAAUCUUGCCAUCAAAUUAUUAAAAAAAUCGAUGAUAGGUUUAGUGUAACGAAUUAUAGAAUUUUGACUACUAAAAACACAAAUUCCUAAGUAUUAAUAAAAAUCUAUCCCGGCUCAUAAAACGUCUAAAUGAAAAAAAGUUAAAUAAAAUAUCGCGUCGCCAGUAAUCGUUUAUUCUCGGUAAUCGAAUGUGACCCAUGUGAAAUAACAAACCCAUAAAGAUUUGCAUUUCUGCAACAUUGGUGUCCUUCCAGCGAUUAAUCCUCGCAUUUUCGGAAUUUGCUUCAAGCAGAACUUGAAUGGCAUGAGUGUUCACACUUGCCACCAAGGUCUGCCAGAAAUUGAGAUUAAAAAAUAAAUUAAAAUAAUCAAAGGGUGACUCAGCUGUGCCAGCGUUGACUACAGGCGGCGUUGCGGUGAAGUCCAAGCGUGGCUGCUCCCGUUCGUCGGCCCACUCGUCGUCUUCGUAUCCUCUGUUGUUGACCGGAUCCACGUCGUCGUCAUCGGUCUCGGUAUCCGAGCUGGCCGAUAGGUGAUGCUCACCAACUGCACACGUUCUGAAGUCAAACGAUUGAGGAUAGCCGGCUACUCUCCUGCCACAGAGGUAACCGGAUGGUGCCUUUGAUAAUGCCUCUUGACAUUAUGGUGUUAUUCUGUUUCCACACAUAGAGCACUGGUGAAUGCAGGUGUACCUAAGCUUUGGUCGGGUGAUUUGAUAUGUGGCGGCGGUGACGGCCUCGCAGCCGGCUCAGGCGACGACGAUUUUUAGGUUAGAUUAGGCAAGUGACCUGAAACAAGAGAAGAUAUAAAAUGUUCAGUUUGAAACACUGAGGAUCAUUUGGUGUUUCGAAUACUACUCGUCAUUCGAGCCGCUUAGCACUUCUCCUGUUUUUAUUUCUUCUUUAUAUUUAUGGCUCGCUACAUCGUCUUUAUUAACCUCUUAAGGGAGAAUGGUGUCAAACCAAUUUGAAUUAAAAGCAAAAAGAUACCGAAACUUAGUAAAACAAAAGUUCUUGAGAAUGCGUCUUCGAUUCUAUUAGGGGAAUUGUCUCAGUCGAGUAGACUGAGUAACGUUCGGGUUGGUGGCUAUUAUACGUUUUAUAUGUUUCUCCUUUUUUCAUGGUAGACUGGACCUUUCUUGUGAUAAUUCUAUUUUUUUGCAAAGUUGAUGGCUUCGUCUAUGUUUUUGAAAUCUUGCUGUCGAUGUGUACCUAUUUUUCGAAUUCCAAUCACAAACAUGUCUUUAAUGUGUGAAUUUUUCUCUCAAUUGUUCAAAGCUGUGCGAUAAUCAUCUAACUAUUCCUCUUGCUUUUGGUAACGGGUACCUAAACAAAUUAAAUCUUUCCAGUGUUUUAUUUGGAUAAUUAAAGACUUUCUUUCCAGACUUGGAAUAUUUCAAGAUUAUUGCCGUUGCCCCUGUGUUCCGCCAUUUGCAAGUGUCAACGCCUUGAUGUAGUUGAUAGAAAAGGGUUUGGAUUGUUUACUCAAAGCAAUGGUACCAUCUUCUAACACCAUGCAUCACGUGGGGCUUCGACUGGUGUCAGUACAUAGACGACGAAAUUCCCGACUUCUUUCUCGACGUUAGUGUUUGUCGGUUGUCUAUAGUUCUAUAACUAUAGUUCAAUCGAGAUAGUCUCAUAAUCAUAACAAAAGAUCGUAAUGAUAAUCAUAAGAAAAUUGCUAAUGAAUAUUGUCCCAUUCAAAUUGUACUUUGUCGGUAUGUUGUAUCCGUGUCACAGUCAAUUGUUUUUAAACAAAACAAUAAAAAACCUUCCCAAAUAAACUCGGAAUAACCUAGGGGCUUUACUUGUUUUUGUUUCGUGAUGGCAAAAUUUUUAACUAGGUACCUACCUAUACUAUUGUGAUAGAUAAUAUAAUUAAAGAUAUCUUCAAUCGAUCAAUCAUUUUCAAUUUUGAGAUCAGCCGCCAUUUUAGGACAAAUCCUCGUGAGAAUAUUGCACCACAGUAAUAUUUUAUAUAUUCAGCAAUAAUAAUUUUGAGUAUGCAUAUUUAAUUGCUUUGCUAAAUGUGACCAUAUCAAUUCGUAACUCGCUCGCUCGAGCGGUCCGUGUAUUUCACUCAGCCGCUAACUGCUCGAGCAGUCCGUGUACGGCGGCCCUUUGAAUGUAAAUUAUCAUUUUCAGUAAUUUGGCUGCCUAAUACUGGUCCCCAGACGGUUAUUCUGAAGCAUUCCUAUCUUCUAAUUAGUCCCUAACCUUAUUAUAACUUUUUUCACAAAGUUUCUCUUUAAUCACAGUUUUAAAACUGUUCAAAGGUAAUAAAUAAUAAAUGGCAAUGGAAAUCUUAUUGUAAAAACGUAUACAAUUGCCCUUUAAAGGAUUUAGUAAUAUUAAAAAAGUAAAAAAAAACGGUGAUACCACUGAAGACUGAAUAAUUUUAAAUAUUGAACUGACAAUUGCGCCUAGCGCUUGAAUGGACACGGAACCCUAUAAAUGCUUCAGUAGAAAUUAAAACUAAAGUGUAAUCAAAUUGAUGAUUUUAUUAUUAACUCUAAAGUAUUGAUUACUACACUUGUAAUCCUUCAUAGCAGCGUAGUUGCACCUCGCCGCUAUGGCUUUAGGUUUGAUUCCGUCUGUAGUCACUCUGUUCAGAGGAAUUUGUUUGCUAAGGCUGAUCUUUGGUUACUACAACAAGGAUUUGAUCAGAUCCGAACGGGUGAAAUGCCUUGCCCGCAUUUACUGUAUAUUACAAACAGCUGCCUUUUUAAUCAUUUCUUUUGCAUCUUUAAAAGGAGGCCUACUACUUUACUUCAGUAUAGUUUCAGAACUCACAUCGCACAAAGUCAUAUCGUUUUUUAGUAACUCGUGCCCCUUGGAUUACUUCUGCAGAGUAAUGUCGCGAUGUAGAACGCGUAAAUCUAAGAACAUGUUACUGAAACUGCUGUUAAUUUCGUACGCGGCUGUCUUAAUUUUCUUGCCAAUUUAUUUAAUUCUGGUAUUUUGUAGUUUUAUUUUUCUAAGCCCGCACAAACUGCCAAUAAAAGGCAUGAUUACAAUAUUUUUAUAUGAAAUGUCAUUGGAGGUAGCGAGGUUGCCAAAAUUUUUAUCAAUUUCUCUACUGUAUUGCGAUGUCAAAUCAUUUCUGAUGGCCCUCAAAGGAACUAAAUCCAGAAACAACAUUUUAAAAUUUGACUCAUUGGACAUGUACGAAAACAUUUACAACAGCUUUCGCACUGUGGAGAUAUCUGUUAAAAUUCAGAUUCUGUUCGGCGUAUUAGCUUUCAUGCCAUUACUACUGAAUUCAAUAAAUGAAAUACUGAAUGAUUGGAAAGACGAUGGCAUUGGCUUUAGAACUACCAUAAAUUUAGUGUUAGUAAGCCAUUUUGCCUCAAAAUCCUUUGCUCCUAUUGCGAUGCUUGAGCUUGUGGCCGAAAUCGAAGAGGAAGUGCGAAUGUUCACGCUUGAUUUGUGUUUUUUUUCUCCUGAUAAUCGUGUGCGCAGCGAAAUGCGACGCCUGCGCGCAUACAUGCGCGCGCGACCGCUGCGCUACUCGUUGUGGCGCGUCGUACUGAUCGACAUGCGACUCGUGGUCGGCUUCACUUCGUUCUGUGCUACUUACAUUAUAGCUCUGCUGCAACUCACCCAUGCAAUCAAGAACAAUGUAUUGCAAGGAAUAUUCACGAAGUUUUGAGAGACACGUGUCUAAUACUAGUAAUACCAACUGCAACACUUCCUUCUUAUGUCUGUCUUUAUCUUUUUGUUUUGAUAUUACUUCUUUCAAUGCCCAGUUAUCCAUAAACAGUUCAGAAAGUGACAUUCGGGUAACAGUCGCCUGCGCACCGUACCCGCGAGGGAUUGUUUUUAAUCCGUGAAGUCCGUAACUGUUUCUGUUGAUUACUAGUAAUUUCUGUGCCUUAAUAAUGUGUUGCGAAUAUUGUUUAAGUUCAUUUUGUCUCAAAGUAAAAUUAGAUUAAAUAACGUGUGAUUAAUUAUUCAAUUGUUUUAACUAACCACAUCCAGUGCUACCUUAGACCAAUGACUGAUUCUGAUGACGGCCCUCCUGCGCCUUUAAAUUACUUCUUUAUUCUAAAUCUAAAUUAUAUUUUAUAUUAUUUACUAUCGUUAUCAACAAAAAAAGAAAGCCACAGAGACUUAUUGCUGAGGCGAUUUCUUUUCGUCGUUAAUCUCUAGUUUUCGAAAAAGCCUGUUCGCUUUGGACACGUGUGGCUGGAAUAUUAAAAAAAUGGAACGCUAUUUUUUUUUUGCUCUUGAGGACCCGUAGUCCCACCAACAUGAUGGGUCCACGGGCAAUUUUUUUUACCAGUUGUCUUACCGUUCUAAAAGUCGAGGAAAACGUGUUCCCUGUUUCACCCACCAAUCACAAACAUCAGUUGCUUGUGGCUCUACAGGCAUUACUAAAUAUUCUUGAACCUCAUCUCUUACUUUGGUCGUGUCGUAUAAAUUGAAUUAAAUGUUAUUCGAAGUCAAAUUCAAAAAUAUCUUUAUUCAGUAGGUAACAUAGUUACACUUUAAAUCGUCAAUUUUUAUAUUACGAAAGUCUCAUCCGCCUAAAAUCACUGCAGCUUUUCACAACCUGUAUAGUCGGGGAAAAGAAGCUGCAAGAAAAACCUCGGCACAGGGCCCUAGGCGUUCUUUAAAAAAAAUACAAAAUAUUGUUAUACAAUUGAGUAAUUUAGCUGCCGAAUAUCAGGGCCCUGUUUUAUAAAGCUGACAAUUCGACAUAUCUGUCAAAAAAUGACAAAAUUGUAGAAUUGUCGCGCUUAGGCUGUUUUAUAAAGGUAACAAUUAUGUCAAAAAUCGACCGUGAAAACGUGACAUAUUUGUCAUUUAAAAAAGCGUUUAAUAAAACUCGACAUAUGUCAAAAAACCACAGUCAAAUUAUUACGUCACCACAAUUGUGGGAUUGUCGUGACAAUUAUGACAAAUUUUGACAUAUUUGUAAAUAAUAAUGUUUUAUGAAGCUAAAUGAGGGUAGAAUAGAAAAAAUAUUAACAAAGUAAAAGAAAGAAUCAAUCACUAGUGCAACUUCGAUUGUUUGUUUUGAUCGCGUGUGAUGGAAAUGCACAAGAAACUAAGUAUUUUGGGGAUUAUCUAUGAAAAUAGAAACAUACUGUUUGGGAAGUUUAGUGCCCAAUUGACUUUCACUGCUCGAUGAUAGUACCAUUUUUUGUGAUGCGUGUUUUAUAAACACUUUCUUACUCCUUUAAAAUUCAAAAUAUAGUUUCGCGACAGAGGGUAACUCUCCUGUCAGAAUUGUCGGACAAUUCUACAAAUAUGUCAAUAUGUCGUGACAAUUUUCUGUUUAAUAAAGCUGAUUUGACAAGUUUUUCACGACAAAUUGUCACCUGUCACCUGUCGCCCAAAAAGUUUUAUUAAACAGAAAUAUGUCGAAUUGUCGCGACAAUUCGACAUAUUUGUAAAUUUUCCACCGUGACAAAUUUGUCGCCUGUCAGUUUUAUUAAACAGAAAAAAUUUAGGAUUGUCACUUUUUGACAUAUGUCGACUUGUCGAAUUGUCAGCUUUAUAAAACAGGGCCCAGUUCUCAGACAGCUCUAAAUAAUCACUAACCUUAUAAUAACCUUUUUUGCAAAGAUUCUGUUUAACUACUGUCUUAAAACAGUUAAAAGGCAAAUUCUGAAUGUCAAUGGGAAUCUUAUUGUAAAAACGUAUACAUUGCCCCUUAAAAAGAUUUAGUGAUCUUAUGUAAUCGACUGACUUAACAAUGUACCGAUCGCUAUUUUUUGCAAACAAUCCUGUAUGAUUUUUUACAUACCUAUAUUAAGUUUUCAAAGAUACGAGGCAUACCUUUAAGUUUUGUCGUUUGAAAAAAAGCUUAUAGUACCUUUUAUUGCUUUUCAAAGUAUUCUUCACAAAGUUUAAUACACUUUUCCAUUCGCUCGAACCAGUUAUUAUAACAUUAAUUCCACUCCAAAUUGGAGGUGUUCAAAAUGGCUGACUUGAAAGCGUUGACCGCUUCUUCACUGCACUGGAACCUUUCCCCGCGAAGAGUUUUCUUAAUUUUAGGAAAUGUAAAGAAAUCAUUGGGGCUUAGGUCAGGACUGUAUGGAGGAUGGUCAAGAAUUUCUACGUUUUCCUGCUUCAAAUACUCAAUCGUUUGACGAGCGGUGUGUGAGCUUGCGUUGUCAUGGUGCAGGAUGAUGCGUGGCUUUGGGUUAGAUUUUCGAAGUUCGGCGAUGACUUGUGGUAAACAAAUUGUGGUAUACCAAUCCUCAUUAACCGUCCUACGAUUUUUAAGUGCAAUUGUCGCAACAUGACCGAUUUUCGCCACGAAGGUAGCCACCAUCUUCUUUAAAGUGCUUCGAGAGCGAACAACUUUAGUCGGCUUUGACUCGUCUUGGAAGACCCAAACUGUGGAUUGUUGUUUGGAAUCAGGAUCAUCCAAGAUUCGUCACCACUGAUGAUGUCGUACACGUGAUUUGACUCCUCGGUUGAACCUCUGAAGAGUUUUCUUACACCAUCUGACGCGAGCCGCCUUAUGAUCGUCAGAAAGCAAAUACGGGAUCCAACGGCAAACUAGUUUUCUCACACCAAGUGCCUCAUGCAAUAUCUUUUGAAUGGUUGUCCCUGAAAUGCCAAAUAACGCCUCUUAUCUCUCGGUAUGUCACAUGACGAUUUUCGUGGAUUAAUUGUCUCACAGCAACGAUAUUAUCUUCGGUGAAGGCGGAUUUUGGACGUCCUUCACGAGAUUUGUCACUGAGUGUGGUAUGCCCAUGCUCGAAUUCUAAAUACCAGCGUUCGAUGGUCCGCAGACAUGGCACUUCAUCGUGGAAUACAGAUGUUAACUCUUCGAAACACCGAAGUCGCGUUAGGCCUCUUCAAAAGUUAUAGAAAAUUAUUUCACGGACAUUUUCCUUUUUAAGAUUCAUUUUCGGACGUGACCUGACAGAUUCAAACCAACGCGGUGAUUCAACAAUUGCAUGAAUUCUAAUACUUUCAAUUGUUUUGAUAUUCGAAAUCCAACCAAAGAAUUUUGAACAGUUCUAAAUUCAAAAUUGGCGCCAAAUAUGUAAACGACAGAACUUAAAAGGCAUGUCUCGUACUAGUUAAGUAGUGAAUUGAUUUUAGCUCAAGUUAUUAUUAUUAUUAUUAGCCUAUAUGAUCCCACUGCUGAGCAAAGGCCUCCCCCAUAUUCUUCCAAGUAUCCCGGUUCUGUGCGAGCUCCAUCCAGUCUUUUCGAUAACCGUCGAGAUCAUCGCGCCAUCGUUUCCGGGGUCGUCCACGUCAAGGUCGGGGUUUGUCAAAGAGCAAUGGAGCGCAGCAUACUAGGUGUAAAACGAAUUGAUCGAGUUAAAAACACUGUGCUGCGCUCAAAAACCGGUAUAGCUGAUGUUGGCAGGAAGACCGCCAGGCUAAAGUGGGACUGGGCUGGGCACGUAUGCCGCAUGCAUCCGGAACGAUGGGCAAAGAUCAUCACGCACUGGGUACCGCAGGACGGACACCGUAGACGUGGUUAGCUCAAGUUACUUCAUAAAAAUACACUGACUCUCUUGGGUUGUUUGAAUCUUGUGUAUGCUAAUAUUCAAAGAUUUAUACAGGGUGUUAGUGACAUCGUAACGAAUACUCAGAGGGAUGAUUCAGACCAUGAUUCUGAGUUAAUAUCAAGUGGAAUUUUCCGUCGCAAAAUUCAUGUUAUUUUUUAUUUUUUUUAAAUUAUUUUCAAUUCUAUGCUUUUGCGAUGGAAAAUUCUACUUGAUAUUAACUCAGAAUAUUCAGCUGAAUCAUCCCUCUCAGUAUUCGUUACGAUGUCACUUACACCCCAUACAAGUACAUACAGUAGCCAUACAAGUAGGUAUGGGUGUUAGUGACACUGUAACGAAUACUGAAGGGGAUGAUUCAGACCAUGAUUCUGAGUCGAUAUCAAGUGGAAUUUCCUGUCGGAGAAGUCAUGAAAAUUUUCGAGCUUAUUUAAAUUAUUUUCCGUUCCAUACUUUUGCGACGAAAAAUUCCACUUGAUAUCAACUCAGAAUUAUGGCCUGAAUCAUCCCUCAAAGUUUUCGUUACGAUGUCACUAACACCCUGUAUGUAUGUUUGUUUGUGGUUACACUAACUCUACAUUUUAUAAUAAUGUAUAAAUAAAGUAAGUAUGUAUUA